CAACAGUUUUUGCAUUUCCCCCAUCAACAAGCUUUGAUCGGACGUUUUCCCCAAAUUUUCCUUUUACGGACAUUUAUCGUUACCAUCUUCAAUCUUCACGGAGCUCACUUGAAGGCCGAAUUUUUGUUAAAGCUUAUGGGAAAUCUGUAUCCAGGAACGUAUCUUGAGCUUCCUUGAAUUUCCUUUUACUGCAAAUUUCAUCUGGUUUCGAUUAGAAAGUAUGAACUUGUCGGUGAAGAACAACUACGAGAAUCAAAGAAUUUGUUGACUUCUGUCUCUACCUGAUCGAGUUGAGAGCGAUGGAGUUUGCUUCUCUGUUUAAUUUCAGCAUUCGGAAACCAUAUGAAGCUCUGUUUUGGAUUUGUGCUGUUCUACUGGUGCAGAAUAGUAAAGGCUCCUCGUCGGAUUCCAACUAUUUGAUCGGACUUGGAAGCUACGAUAUCACUGGACCAGCGGCGGAUGUUAACAUGAUGGGAUAUGCUAACAUGGAACAAAUUGCUGGUGGAGUUCAUUUCAGAUUGCGAGCUCGUACAUUUAUUGUCGCGGAGCCGCAGGGUGAGAGGGUGGUAUUUGUUAAUCUCGAUGCUUGCAUGGCCUCGCAGCUGGUGACAAUCAAGGUGCUUCAGAGAUUGAAGGAAAGGUAUGGAGACCUUUACACCGAGAAAAAUGUAGCCAUUAGUGGAAUACAUACACAUGCCGGACCAGGUGGUUAUCUCCAGUACAUUGUUUACAUAGUGACAUCUCUUGGAUUUGUGCGACAGUCAUUUGAUGUUCUUGUAAAUGGUAUUGAGAACAGCAUUAUUCAAGCUCACGAGAAUCUGCGCCCUGGCUCUAUUUUCAUAAACAAAGGAGAGCUUUUAGAUGCAGGUGUGAACCGCAGCCCUAGUGCAUAUCUCAAUAACCCUGCAGAAGAGCGCCAGAAAUAUGACUACAAUGUUGACAAGGAGAUGACCCUAUUGAAAUUUGUGGAUCUAGAAUGGGGUCCUAUUGGUAGCUUUAAUUGGUUUGCGACUCAUGGAACUUCUCUGAGUCGUACAAACUCAUUGAUUAGUGGGGAUAACAAAGGUGCUGCUGCACGAUUCAUGGAGGAUUGGUUUGAGAAAAAAUGUGGGAUUGCCUCAGAUCUUGAUAUAUCUGUAGAGGACACAAUCCCUCGAAGGGUCUCAAACAUAAUACCUGACCUUUUCAUCAAUCAUCACGAGUUACUUGAGCUUGCUGCAUCUUUCCAAUCUCCUUCUGGUAGACCAGCAACCAGGAUUCUAAGUUCUUCAAGGCGUGUCAGGGGUGCCCUCAGGAAUGCUGAUAAACCUCAAUUUGUGUCAGCAUUUUGUCAAUCAAAUUGCGGUGAUGUUAGCCCAAAUGUUCUUGGUGCCUUCUGUAUAGAUACUGGACUUCCAUGUGAUUUCAAUCACAGUACCUGUGGUGGGAAGAAUGAGUUAUGCUAUGGCCGGGGACCAGGUUAUCCUGAUGAAUUCGAAAGCACACGGAUCAUAGGAGAGAGACAAUUCAGAAAAGCAGUUGAGCUGUUCAGUAAUGCACCAGAGCAGUUAAAGGGAAAGGUUGACUUCCGACACACAUAUGUAGACUUCUCUAAGCUUGAGGUGACUCUUGAACGUGGAGGAACUACUGAAGUGGUACAAACAUGUCCUGCUGCAAUGGGGUACUCAUUUGCUGCUGGAACCACUGAUGGACCCGGUGCCUUUGAUUUUGAGCAAGGAGAUGACAAGGGAAAUCCUUUUUGGAGGAUCAUACGUAACUUUUUAAAGACACCAAAGAAGGAACAAGUUGAUUGUCAGCGGCCAAAGCCCAUCUUACUGGAUACUGGUGAAAUGACAAAACCAUAUGAUUGGGCUCCGUCAAUACUUCCCAUCCAAAUCCUCCGAGUGGGGCAGCUUAUCAUUCUAGGAGUACCUGGAGAAUUUACGACAAUGGCUGGGAGGCGCCUUCGUGAUGCUGUGAAAACAGUGCUAACGGAUGGAAGUAAAAGUGAAUUGAGUGGUGACGUUCAUGUUGUUAUUGCGGGAUUAACAAAUUCUUACUCACAGUAUGUCACCACUUUUGAAGAGUUCCAAGUUCAGAGAUAUGAGGGUGCCUCUACAUUAUACGGUCCUCAUACUCUAAAUGCCUACAUUCAAGAGUUUAAGAAGCUUGCCCAUGCGCUCAUAGAUGGCCAAGCAGUUGGUGCAGGGCCACAACCUCCAGAUUUACUGAAUAAGCAGAUAAGCCUACUGCCGCCUGUUGUGAUGGAUGCAACUCCUCGUUCAGUAAAAUUUGGGGAUGUAAAAUCUGAUGUUCCCAAGAAUUCCACCUUCAAUAGAGGUGAUAUGGUGACAGUUACCUUUUGGUCAGCCUGUCCUCGGAACGAUCUCAUGACUGAAGGUACAUAUGCAUUGGUGGAGGUUCUUCAUGACAAAAAGCUGUGGGUUCCAGCCUACGACGACGACGAUUUCUGCCUGCGUUUUAAGUGGUCGAGACCGUUCAAGCUUAGCAGUAAAAGCUAUGCAACCAUAGAAUGGAGAAUCCCUAAAACUGCAACUCCAGGAGUUUACAGAAUAACACACUUUGGGGCAGCAAAAGUACUUUUUGGAUCGAUCAACCAUUUCACAGGCUCAUCUACUGCUUUUGGUGUAGUGUAGGAAAUGUACAAAGGUACGCAGGUUAUCAAUGUUCGUCUUCUAGAUCCAAAUCCAAGUUGCUUUACAAGUUUACAUCUGGGACUAUCUUACAGAAAAACACAACUAACAUGGGAAAUGUAUUCGGUAUAUUACAGUUUCUGAAUCUGGACGGUUCACAUUAGAAUUUCGACCUUAAAGAAAGAAAUACAUGUCAAUUACUACUUAACUAUGUUCAUGUU